AUGUUCGUGACGGCCAAUCAACCAAAGGACAUCAAGCACCUCUUCUCCGCCCAUUAUGAUACGGUCAAUGCAGGCCCGAAGCUUGAAAAGGCGUCAUACGAGAAGAUCUGUCGGGAGCUCAACCACGACGUAACCAAAGUUACCUUCUUCACGGACAAUGUCAAAGAAGCCGAAGCCGCGACCCAAGCCGACGUCUACACCAUCGUAGUCGACCGCCCGGGCAACGCGCCGCUGUCCGACGAAUCAAAGGCAACUUUCCACGUGAUACAUGAGCUCACCGACUUGCCGUGA